AUGAUGGUGAACGAUCGAUGGACCAUCAUGAACAACAGCAGUUCAGAGCUCGACAGCAAGCGGCCAAACAAACACAAGAAGUGCUGCAGCUUCCUGUUAUGGUUCGUCAUCGUGUUGAUUGUCAUAGCAGCCAUCGCCACAGCAACCGUCACCAUCUUGUACCUGAACCAGUUUCCUCUCCCGUUCAUCAGCAGGGGCGGAGUCUCUUCCUCACCUGUGAUUUCCACCAAUUCCAAAGAGUCUGGAGCCCUGGUGACAGUGUCACGUGUCACAGCAGGAGAACCAAUCAGCAUCUUCCUGGACCCCAACUGUCCGGACUACAGUGAGAGCCUCCAGCGGUGGGAAGCACUGCAAAGCUCUGUGCUACGAGCGCUGACCAAUCACAACGCAGACGACUGGCAGGACAUAGGACUGGUCCAGAAACUAGCCGAGGAGCUGAAGGUGUUAUCAGGCCACGCCCACAACCUGAGGGUGGAAGCUGAUUCUCUGAAAAGAGGUCAAGGUGUUCUGGACCAGCGACUGGACGGACUGCAGAGCGAGCAGAGUGGCGUCCUGCAGGUGCUGACGGACGUUCACUCAGGUAUGUCCAAGUUGACAACAGGUGUCGGUGAUUCUCUGCUCAGCCUGCAGAGGGAGACUGAGAGUCUGAGGAGACUGAAGGCAGAGCUGCACAGACACAAUGAAGACAGAGCGGUCAGACCCAGAGACUGCAGUGAUGUCAUGGCGUCUGGCGUCUCUCAGGACGGAGUUUAUUCUGUUUUUCCGACACAUGACCCCGACGGCUUCAUGGUCUACUGUGACAUGACAACUGACGGAGGAGGGUGGACGGUGAUCCAGAGGAGGCAGGAUGGUUCUGUUAACUUCUUCAGAGGCUGGGAAGCCUACAGAGACGGCUUCGGACAAACAACAGGAGAACAUUGGCUGGGUCUACAGAGCAUCUACUCCCUCACCAGGUCAGGUGGUGUAGAGUUACGUAUCGACAUGGCUGACUUUGAUAACGCCACAGCGUUCGCUCGUUACGCCGAUUUUUCUGUCGGUCGAGACUCAGUGAAUCCAGAGGAGGACGGAUACCCGCUGACCGUCGACCAGUUCUCUGGAACUGCAGGUGAUGCCCUCCUGAAGCAUUCUGGAAUGCGGUUCACCACCAAAGACAGGGACCAGGACCAAUCGGAGAACAACUGUGCAUCGUACUACCAGGGGGCGUGGUGGUACCGUAACUGUCACACCUCCAACCUGAACGGCCAAUACCUGAGAGGAGGCCACGCCUCCUACGCCGACGGUGUGGAGUGGUCGAGCUGGACGGGCUGGCAGUACUCGCUCCGCUUCACCGAGAUGAAGAUCCGGCCCAAUGCCAGACCAGAGUCCUGA